GUCCAUGGAGAGUGGACAGUACCUCGGAGAAAUCUCAGCUCUCUGUUUUCUCCAUCUUCCUCCUCCUUCUCUUCCAUAUCUCUUUGCUGGAACUGGUUCGCACCUUCUUUUCUAUGACCUACUUACUGGCAACAUGAUCACUUCGUUCCAAGUCUUCAAUGGUGUUAGGGUGCAUGGCAUUUCUUGUCUUCCCGUUUCAUCCAAUUCCACGCUUACUUUCAAACUGGCUGUCUUUGGAGAACGCAGGCUCAAAUUAUUUCUCUUCACCAUUCAAUUUCCGCAUAAUCACAACCUCCAUCUACUCUCUUCUCACUCCUUCGCUCACUGGAUUUUGGAUGUUUGCUUCAUAGAGGAUUGUUUGAUUGAAGGGAGCCAGUUUCUUGCCAUUGGAUGCACCAACAACACUGUCUAUUUCUGGGACACCUUCACAUCUACAAUCAGCUAUGAGGUCAGCUCUCCAGACAGAUGUCUUUUGUAUACGAUGCGCAUGUGGGGUCACAAAAUUGAUUCUCUCCUUGUAGCAUCUGGUACCAUUUUUAACGAGAUUAUAGUCUGGAAAGUUGUUUGUGGGCAUUCUCCUCCUUGUUUAGACAGUCCUUCAAAAGCCAAUGACAGGUCAUACGAAGCUGUCUUGGUGUGUAGAUUGGCUGGGCACGAGGGUUCCAUAUUCCGUAUUACAUGGUCCUUGGAUGGAUCAAAACUGGUGUCGGUCUCUGAUGAUCGCAGUGCUCGUAUCUGGGAAGUUCUUAGUGGAAAAAGAGAUUCUAAUAAUGUUGCUGAGGGGACUGUUUCUCCUUCAACGGGGCCUGUGCUAUUUGGCCACAGUGCCAGGGUUUGGGAUUGCUGUAUGUCUGAUUCCUUAAUCAUCACUGUGGGCGAGGACUGUACAUGCCGUGUGUGGGGACUAGAUGGAACUCAACUUAGAAUGAUCAAGGAGCACAUAGGGAGGGGAGUAUGGCGAUGCUUGUAUGACUCACGCUCUUCCCUUCUUGUUACUGCUGGAUUUGAUUCUGCCAUAAAAGUGCAUCAGCUGCAUUCUUCUUUGUCCAUGGGUUUGGAGAGACGCAAUGGGGUGGAAGAGUAUGACGGAAAACAAAUAUUUACCAUUGGAAUUCCCAAUUCAAAGCAGACUCCACUACUGGACAGCAAAAGCGAGUACGUACGUUGUAUGCAUUUUGCAAGUGAAGAAGCGCUUUAUGUUGCCACAAACAAUGGCUUUUUGUACCUUGCUGAAAUAUCUGAUACUGGUGAUGUAGUAUGGACGCAGCUUUUCCAAAGUAGCGAGGAGAUCCCAAUAGUUUGUAUGAGUGCAUUUGCAGGUAACACUCCUGAAAAUUCUUCUAGUGUGGAGAAUUGGAUUGCUCUAGGAGAUGGUAAGGGAAGAUUAACUGUAGUGGGAGUUGUUGAUAUUCGGAUGCCAAAGGUCAAUCUGUCCUUCACUUGGCCAGCCGAAGCUGAGAGACAGCUUUUAGGAACGUACUGGUGCAAGUCUUUGGGUCACAGGUAUAUCUUCACAUCUGAUCCUAGAGGAAGGUUGAAGCUGUGGAAUAUAUGCAACACUUUGCAUUCCAUUUCUGAAUAUGAAGGACAUACCAAUGCAUCUUUAGUAGCAGAAUUCGCAUCAUGCUUUCCAAUAAGGAUAGUAUGCUUGGAUGCAUCAUUUCAGGAAGAGGUGUUAGUGUGUGGGGAUCUUCGUGGUAAUCUGGUUUUAUUUCCCUUGUUAAGAGACCUAUUGCAUGGUACACAUGUUGCUUCGGUUGCACAUAUAUCCCCGUUAGAUUACUUCAAAGGAGCUCAUGGCAUAUCAACUGUGAAGAGUGUUUCCAUCCAUGGUUCGAAGUCAAGUAAUGUUGAACUGCACUCGACCGGAGGAGAUGGGUGCAUAUGCUAUAUGGAAUAUGAUAGAUGUAAACAAAGAAUGGAGUUUAUUGGAAUGAAACAAGUAAAGGAGCUCAGUUUGGUUGAAUCGUUGUUCCACAAUGACAAUCCUGAUAAUAACUCGGGAACUGGGAACUAUGCAAUAGGCUUUGCAUCUGCUGAUUUUAUCAUAUGGAAUUUGUCUACUGAUACAAAGGUAGCUGUAAUUCCAUGCGGUGGAUGGCGGCGUCCUCAUACUUAUUUCCUUGGUGAUACACCAGAGAUGAACAAUUGCUUUGCAUUUGUGAAGGAUGAAGUCAUUUAUAUGCACAAGCAGUUGGUACCAACUAGUGACAGGAUAUAUCCUCAGAAUCUCCAUCUGCAAUUCCAUGGCAGAGAGAUGCAUUCACUGUGUUUCAUUGUCGAUUAUACACAGUUCAGCUCAGAUGAAAAGCUGGGUCAUCUAUUUGAAUCAAGUUUCAUAGCAACAGGCUGUGAAGAUGGAACUGUGAGGUUGACAAGGUAUUCUUCUGGUGCUGAUAACUGGUCUGCUUCAAAAUUGCUUGGAGAGCAUGUUGGUGGAUCAGCUGUGCGAUCGCUUUGCUCUGUGCUGAAGGUACAUACUGUUGUAGAUGAUACAGUGGCCAUGCCUAACAAGCAAGGAAUAACUUUAGAUGAUCAGGAAGACCAGUUCCUACUAAUUUCAGUUGGUGCAAAAAGGGUCCUAACUGCUUGGAAGCGCAAGAUUAGUUCAGGACCUAAAAGUGAAGAAGCUCUUCAGUCUACUGGCAGACCUAAUAAUUGUGAGAAUAACCAAUCUGGGGGGUCCUCAUCAAUGUCGUUCCAAUGGCUUUCUAGUGAUUUUCCGACCAGAAGCAGUGGCACCAAUUUGAAAGGAUCAAAGGAGAAAAUCACUGCAAACCUUGAUAAUGUUUCCAUUGUCAGUUCUGAUAGAGCAUCUGACUCACUACAGACAAAAUUUUGCUGUAGCGAUGAUCAUGAAAAUGACUGGCGCUAUUUGGCAGUAACUGCUUUUCUUGUGAAAUUUUUGGGUUCAAGGACUUCUGUGUGCUUCAUUGUUGUUUCUUGUUCAGAUGCCACAGUUACAUUAAGGGCUCUAGUAUUACCACAUCGUCUUUGGUUUGACAUUGCUCUGUUGGUUCCUGUAGCAUCACCAGUUCUGUCACUGCAGCAUGUCGUUGUUCCUGAACUUACUAGUUUGAAAGAUAAAAGUCAGAUCAGAAGUCUGUUUAUCGUUAUUAGUGGUUCUACAGAUGGAAGUAUCAGCUUUUGGGAUCUGACUGAAACUGUUGAAAUUUUUAUGCGGAAAGUAUCAGUCCUGCAGAAGGAAGAUUGCAGCAACUUCCAGAAAAGGCCACGCACUGGAAGAGGAAGCCAAGGUGGACGACGGUGGAGGUCAUUGGACAUCUCAAAGGAAAAACCUGCUGUCGACACAAAAACCUUAGAGAAUGAUAUGCAAGGUCAAACUUCAUCAAAUAUAGGUUGUGCUGAAAGAAGCAUGGCUACUUCACAAGAAAUAGAUAUGAUAUGGCCCUUUCAUCAUGUGAACAAUGUUCACCAAUCUGGGGUGAAUUGUCUCCAUGUCUCAUAUGCUACAAGAGAUUGUGAAUCUUGCAUUGUUAUAAGUGGUGGUGAUGAUCAAGCACUUCACUGUUUUUGUUUUGAUGUGAUGGGGCCAGCACUACAACAUUAUUCUCAAAAGAAAAAGUACCAGAUUGUAAUUUCACAUGCUGCCAAAAUUGCCUCAGCCCAUAGCUCUGCAAUAAAAGGUGUUUGGACAGAUGGGAAAUGGGUUUUCUCUACUGGGCUUGAUCAGCGUGUGCGUUGUUGGCUUGUAUCGGUGGAUGGUAAAUUAAGUGAGCAUGCCCAUUUGAUUGUUAGUGUACCAGAGCCAGAAGCACUCGAUGUUAGAGUGUGUGGAAGGAACCGGUACCAAAUAGCAGUGGCUGGAAGAGGGAUGCAGAUGCUGGAGUUUGUAGCUCCUGCAGACACUGGAGAUGAGAGGUUGGUUUGAGGAUCCAAUUGCUAAAAUGGUUCACUAAAACCUUUUCAAGAUUGGAAGUUGUCGAGUUUAAAUAAAAAAUAUUAUGAAAAUUUGGUGUAAUAAAUUAAGCAUUGAUUAUUAUUUAUAAAAAUUAUAUCCGAGAAUGAUACAGUUUUCUU